CUGUCUUCUGACCUCCUCCUUUCUCUCCUCUGGGGUCAGCGUCAUUUUGCUUUUCAGAAGCGCCAUUUCAGUAAGGAAGGAACUGUUUUGCCUUUCCUUCAUCUUUGCUUGCUCUUUCUCUGCUUGUGUAGGUGAGUUUGAACUGAUGUUUUCAUUUAAGCAGGUUUGUUUUAAAUGAUGCCACCAGACAGGAGAGUUCUCUGUCAUGUGAUGUCAUGGAAUUCUUUUUGUGACAUCACAAUUAACAUUCUAAACUUGGAACAUUCUAACUGAAGCGAACAAAAACGUCCAUAUAAGGCAACAUGCUGCAUAACUACUGUGUAUAUGCUGCAUAACUACUGUGUAUAUGCUGCAUAACUACUGUGUAUACUUCAGCCAUGUUUUCAGCACUGCUUGCAGCAGCAUGGUGUUAGGGGUGACAAUGCUGGUCUAUAGUUGCUAGUGGGUGCAUCACUUUGGUGCAGAAUGAAAUAUAUCAACAACAAUUGGUUGGAUUGCCAAGAAACUUUGUACUGACAUUGAAGUUACCGGGAGACUCACGUUUUUCAUUGCCCUCUCUACUGGUUUUCUCCCGGGGUCACUAGUCUCCCUAUUUCCCGUAUGUAUCACGGUAUUUGACACACAACUCUCUCUUACUCUUUCUGGUAUUGUACAGCCUAAGCUUAUGUGCGUACUUUGUGUUUAGUGCUAAUUAGCAAAUGUUACCAUGCUAACACACUAAACCUAGAUCAAAAACAACCCCUACCACUAUUUAAAAGCUCAGUAAUACUUCACCUAAAAAUGCCUAAAUGUUUCCUUACUGCCAAUAGAUCUGGUGAGAAAAUAUUGAUUUAUUUUCUUUGUUGGCCAAAAGUACUCAAAUAGCCUAUAAAUGUAUUGACUAAAAUGUACUAGAAAUCUGCCAGCUGUACAGUGUAAAUUCCCCCUGGAUUACUAAAACUCUAAAUUGUCAGAAUAAUGGCUGAAGCCUAAAGUGUCCUCAGUGAACACAUUGUUGCUGAUUGUGUAUUAUAUUGUCGACUGACUAAUGUAUUACUGAUUUGCAAUAGUCACAAGAACCACUUUCAAUCGGAGAUUCUUUUAAAAGUCCGACUCUGGUGGGACUCGAACCCACAACCUUUGAAUCACUUCUCAUGUGUUUAACUAGAAGUCCAAUGCGCUAUCCAUUGCGCCACAGAGCCAGGUACAUGCUAAAAAGGUAUGUUACACAAACAGGAACUUCUUAUUUUCAUAUUAACACGGUCUGAUUCUAAAAUAAACUUGAGACACGUAUGCGGAUAGGAAACCUAUAUGAGGAGUUAGGUGUUAAAAACAAGAAAAAGGAAAAAACUCACGCUGUUUUUUUAAUACGAUAAAUAUGCACUUAGGUUAUGUUUCAGUACUUGUACUCAUACUCAUGUUAUGUCGAUGGUAUGAUCCGUUUAUGUGUGUGCUUAGUUUGUUUGUAUGUACUGUUGCGUUAACAAAUAAUAAAUAAAUAAAGUUCAAAAUAUCAAUGCUAGAAAACUGUUUCCUGUUUUCCCCGGAAGUAGUUAGCAAUCAGCUACAGUUAGCUGUGUGGUUCAUGUUGUGAUUAAAGGACGCUAAAAAACAAAAUGUCAGAGCAACCGAUUACAGUGACAGUUGCAUACGGAUCUACUAAACACAGCAUCACAUUAACUGGCCAGGGUGAUGGCAAGGGCCCCACUGUCAAAGACCUGUCAGAUGCUCUCAAUCAAGCUACUGGAGUUCCACAAACCUCACAGAAACUCAUCUUCAAAGGGAAAUCUCUGAAGGAUGUGGAGGAGAGUCUGUCCAGUUAUGGAGUAAAAGAAGGCUGCAAACUCAUGUUGAUUGGAAAGCGGAACAGUCCUGAGGAAGAGGCUGAACUGAAGAAGCUGAAAGACAUCGAGAAAUCUGUGGAACAGACGGCUAAAAAGCUUGAGAAGGUAGACGGGGAGUUGACUGGACUCAAGAAUGGGUUCCUGGCCAAAGACCUCCAGGCAGAGGCGUUGGGUAAACUAGACCACAGAGUGAAAAUAGCAGCUGAACAGUUCAUGAAGAUCCUGGAGCAAAUCGAUGCUUUGUCUCUCCCAGACAAUUUCAAUGACUGCAAACUGAAGAAAAAGGGACUUGUAAAGACAGUGCAGGAUUUCCUGGCCCAGUGUGACAAGAUGGAGGCUUGUAUAUCAGACCACCUAUCAAAGAUCCAGUCGAAAAAUCUUGCUCUGGCGGACUAGAGCUAAAAGGUCUACCAUAUCAUGUGAUAUACAUUGCUCUGUGAGCAACUGCAAAGUGUACAGGCGGCUUCAAGUGUGGAGCAGCUCCUUGUCUAUUUAUUGUUGGUGUGAUAUGUAUGAGAGAGCACUCGUCACAGAGAACCCUGUGAACAGAAGGAGGCUGGUUAUUGGCGCUGACGCUGGGUACAUCUGGGAUACGUUCUCCUUGAGAUAUUGGAACCACAGUCACUCUGAGAAAAGGAACAGAUGUGCUUUAAAUUGUGACAAAUUACAUAGAUCCCCUUAUAGCAUCUAAAACUAGUGCUGAAUAGAACUGCCACGGCCAUCAAAUUAUCUACAAUGUCGGAAAGCUGUUAAGAUUCUCUAGUUCAUCAAAAUGUACAAUAACAGAGAACAGAAAUCAUUCUCAUUGUGAUGUGCCAAGUGUCGAGUGCCCCUUAUCUCAGUUUGUACGCACAUGGCCAAAAGUAUGUGGACACCCAAACAUUAAUAAGCCCUAAUCUAUGUUUUGCUAACAGCAUCCACUCUUUUGAGAAGGCUUUUUGCUGGAUUUUAGGACCUGGUUGCAGGGCUCAUCAGUAACAUCCGGCACUGAUGCUGGGCGAUAAGGCUCAUACUCAAGUGCGCCACUUUAUUUCUGUAGUAUUGGAUAGGGUUGAGGACCUGGCUCACCAAAUUGGGAAAACCAUUUCUUCACUGUCGUAACAGGAAAGGGUCCUCUGCCACUGUUUAAUAUACAGUUGCAUAAUGUACAGUUGCUGGAUACGUUAGUUGAUAAUAAUCAGAAACUAUUUUGAUAAUCAUUUAAUGGUUUGCCUUGUACAAAAAUCCUAGAGAUUCUCACUUGCUGCUUUUCUUCACCAUAUGUAAUAGUAAACUGAAUUUUGGGUGGUCACUAUCGUCUGACAUUUCAUCCACCAAAGGAUUAAUAAAAUUAAUUGAGAUGAUAAUUGUUAGUUGCAACCCUAGUCCACACCAUAAAAGAUAGCUCAAGAAGUACACAAUGCUGUACGCAUAAUUUUGGCCAUAUAGUGUAUGUGUGCAUUAUUCUACAUUGAGAGUCAGCACCAGCCAGCACCUUUUGUUAAAUCCAUUAGUGUGAACUGUUGAAUUGGUAUUGUUUAAACAUCACUAAGACUGGCACAUAUCUGUUCUUUUUGUUUGUUUUAAAAUAAAAUCUUAUUGAAAAGUGAA